GCGAACUAGGAGGCAAACGUUUGAGUAAUUCUCCGCGCUGGGCAUGAUUGCACAAUUGGCACUGUAGAGGGGUCCCUAGGGCUACAACGUGUAGAGACAACCCCGUGAGUUCCCAGAAAGCGACUGUGUGGUGCAGCCGGGGCAGAAGGCAGGUCCAACUAUUUCAGCAAGUGUUUAGAAACCGGUGAUUCCUCUCUGAUUUUGCCCGCAGUUGCAGAUUACAGAGGGGAGCCGUAGCCGAUGUCCCUAGCAGCAGCACUCCACGCAUAAUUGAUUUAUUCAUUUUCUAUCGCAACUGACUGCUGCCAACUGAAUGCGUCUGAGUGGUAGAGGGAUAGAUAGCUCUUUGUUUUCGUCCCCGGCGCCCUCUCUCUACUUGCUCCAGAACUUCUAACCAAGCUGAUUGAGGAUGGACGGGAACCGAACCAUCGACCCGAGCUGCAGUGAAAAACCUCCGGUGGCCAUCGACAUCAUUCUCCAGUUGGACAUCUUUGGUAUCAUCCUGUACUCAGUGCUGACCUUCAUGGCAACGGUGUCCAUGCUGGUCUACAUAGAGGAGUGUUGGUACAUCUACCGGAAGGUUCCCUCCCACAAGAAGAGUGCCAUCAUCUGGGUCAACGGGGCGGCGCCGGUGAUCGGCACCAUGUCCUGUCUGGGGAUGUGGAUUCCCCGAGCCACCAUGUUUACUGACAUGACCUCCGCCUGCUACUUUGCGAUCGUAGUGUUUAAGUUCCUGGUGCUAAUGAUCGAGGAAGUGGGGGGUGACGAGGCGUUUCUACGGCGAGCAGGGAAGAACAAACUAAAGAUCAGUACUGGUCCCUGCUGCUGCUGCUGCCCCUGCCUACCCCAUGUUAACAUCACACGACGGAGUCUGUUCCUGCUGAAGUUGGGAUCGUUCCAGUUCGCCCUGCUGAAGCUCGUCUUCACAGUUCUGUCAAUCAUCCUCUGGACCAAUGGCAACUUCAACAUUACAGAUGUAGCGAUAACUGGAGUAGCUAUCUGGAUUAGCCUGGGUAUGGGGGUCCUGACCAUCAUAGCACUGUGGCCUGUAGCCAUCAUGUUCAUGCAUCUCAGGACCACGCUGCGCAGCCUCAAGAUCAUUCCCAAAUACGCCAUGUACCAGUUGGUGCUGGUGCUGAGUCAGCUCCAGUCAGCCACCAUCAACAUCCUGGCUUUGAAGGGAACCAUCGCCUGCACCCCGCCAUACUCCUCACAGGCCAGGGGAUACUUGAUGAGUCAACAGUUGUUAAUCCUGGAGAUGUUCAUCAUCACCUUGGUAACCCGCCUGUUGUAUCGUCGCCAGUACGACCCACUCCCUGACGACGAGCAUGACGACGAACACACCAAGAUGGUUAUAUCGGCCGAGAACUCUGGAGUAGCGUGAGGGGAGAGAGAAACUGUAUGUGUGUGUGUGUGUACGUUUAAGAGAGAGUUAUGUGUGAUCAGGGUCCGUUGGAGAUUACUGAUAUAUUCUCAAAUGUGUAUAUGGACUAAACUGACAGAACGCACUGGGUGACCUGAGCCUGUUGUGUUAUGUUACACUGAAUUGUGCAAUAAGAAAUCAAUCAGUUCAGUAAUUUUCUGGGUGAGCAAAGCUGUUAAGACUGAUCAGACUUCUUGACCCCUCAGCACGUGCGUUUGGAUGCGAUAGUGUUGCUAUUAUGUAACUGUAAUAUCAGAAUGAUUUCAUACAUGUAUUUUUAUCACAAGUUGUAUGUUUUUACCAUGGUGAACCUUGUACUGUAUCGUCAUGAUCAAUUUAUAAUGUAUACAUUUUUUAAACAUUUAAUUUGAGGAUUUGUGUUUUGUCAUUAGUUUUUCCGUAGGCAUGCACGCACGCAGACACACACACACACACACCGAGAGGUCUGGGUUAGGGUUGGCAAACUGUAGUUGUAGAGGAGAAACCUAUAUUAGUUGUAGUGGCAUGAUCAUUGACAGAGUGACAAUGAGCAGUAGCCUACAUUGACAACAUUUGGAUAUGGUUAUUCUAUCAUUACCAUGAUCACUGACAUCACCACGGAGACACACAUCUCUUUACCCUCUCAUCGUCUUUAGAUCUUGAUCUUGUGGAAUCUGAGUUAUCACAACCCAGAUGCAGGUUUAGAUUAGAAGUCCUGGUGAACAUAUAUGAAAGCAACUAUCGAAUGAUGGGACAAAAUGUAUUCUUAAUUAAUUAUUUUAAUUCGUUUAUAUAUAUAUAUAUGGACAAAAUCUAGAUUAAUUUGAACAGCUGUUCCAAGCUCUACUACACUAGGUCACUGUAUCCACAGGUGUUCUAUGUAGGUAUGUUGCUGAUCUGUUGCCAAUUCCAUAACUUAUUCAAGGUUGGCUGAUGUUGAUGAUAUACACAAAAUAAAACAAUGGAUUAGUUA